AUAGUAAAUUCACAGUAUUUCAUGCUAAGUGCUCAGGCGCAUGUAGUCCACUGGAGUGGACAAGUUUAUAACUUUAUAAAAAAACAUAUUUUUGGGAAAAAAAGAGUUGAACAUUUUUUUUCAUGUCCUGAGAAGAAUAAAGGCACUUAAGAAAAAAAUCUUGACCAAGGCUUUCAUAAUUCAUGCAUCAGAGGGUUAAGUUGUGUAAGAUAAGGUAUAGCACGUUCAGUAUUUGCACAUGCAUCUUUUAUUAUAUAGCUGUUUCACCCAACUGUAGUAUCGUGCCAAGAAUUCCCCGAGUGAAAGAUAUAGAUUUGGAGAGAACAUACGAAGAGCCAAGGCCAACCGGUAUGUGUGGAGACGGGCAAGGCAGAGAUGGAUGCAGAACCACGUCUUGUGUGAGUUAUAGUAAACACAAUGAAAAAUAUCUAUUCAGAGUCUUGUCUAUAUCGAUCGCUCUCAGAGUGCAUGUGUGCACCUUAUCUCAUCCUGCUGAGGAUUCAUUUCCCUACUCUCAUGAAAGAAAUAACAGGUGGAAAGAACUUGAUGAGAAGGGUAGAAACUUUUUCUUCUCUUUCUUUUGCAACAAACUUUGCUCUUUUUUUGAAUUUUUUCUAACUUAUUUCUGCUAACAUACACACACAGAUGUAAAGUUCAUAUGUACAUGCAUUGAUUUCUGCGUGAGAUUAUUAGGGCACAGAGUCAGCUGAGUGAUGUAGCGAGACAGGGGAAGACACAAUGCUUGCAUAUUGUUUUUUUUUCUCCACUAGUCAAGAAGAACUUAACUAAAGAGGGAAAGGGGGGAGCAUGCACGCUGUGUUUGCAUGUGUAAGAAAGAAGAAAGGCAUCGAAGAACCCAAGAGAGCAGAAUACUUGGUGCUGAUGAGUUUGAUUAUGUUGCCUCUCAUAUAAAACUGUUGUUGUGUGUUUUCAUGUGUGUGCCUGUGGUGUAGCGCAUGUGUGCUCCUUGCUUUCAGAGUUUUGACAGAGCAUAUCCCCGUGUAUCUUUCCUCUAAUUGAAUCCAUCCCUCAGGGUGUCACCGCUUGUUUAUAUGCUGACACCAUGAAGGUGUGUGUGUGUGUGUGUGUGUGUGUGUGUGUGUGUGUGUGUGUGUGGUUUCACAAUAAAGGCAGUACAUUGCAAACUUUCUGCCCUUAUUGUUUAAUUAUAGCCCAGCAGCUGGAGAGUCAGAGGAUAAGAACAAGGGCAGAAGAGGAAGAGUUAUUGAUUGCAUUAGUCAGAUUAUUCAUAUUUAAUGUUUUGCUUUGUCUCUGUCUCACUACAUAAACCCCCUCCUCUGCCUUUUCUUUAUGCCUCCCUGUUAUAAAUCCACCUCAUCCUCUUGUAAGACCUCUAGUAAACAAUAUUUUGUAUGCAUCAGUAAAACCUGCCCUUUACAUCUUCACCUUUCAAAAGGUUUCCCUGAAUUUUGAGUUGUUAUUAACUAUAAAAUGAUUAUAUUUAUAAUCCUUUGUCCUUUAAAGGAGGACAAAGCACAUACAUUUAAAGACUUUUCUAUAUAUUUUACAGUGACAAUUUGACUUAUAGUCUAUAAAAUUAAGUGUGUACUCUGUUGGAGCAAGUUGUAAUCAGAGGAUAAUAAGCAAUUAUAAUAUAUAGCGUAUAUAGGCUAGCAGUAGCAGUGCCUGAAGCAUUUAUUCAGCGCUUGCUAACAUUAGCUACUGUCAGACACCAAAAGCUGCUGGCUGUAGCAGACCAAGGCUAGCUACAAACAAACCACUAAACACUCAGACACAAACUCACAGAACAGGUGUUCUGUGUCUUUCAGUGAAUAUCCAUUAUACGCCCCCAGAGGCUUAGUCAGCAGACUAGCCAGUGGGAGCUAGCCUGUUUUUCCUGUCUAACUCCAGAGGAAAAGCUGCUAAUUGGGGAUGCUAACUAAGGUUGUCUGUUACACAGUUGUAGACCAUGUAGCACAGAGUGUGUCUUAGCAGAACUACUUAUUUACUUGCUAAAGAGGCUGAAAGAUGCUGUAUAUUUGAGCUACAGAGUCAGAUGGUAAUUAUUUUGUAAUCAGGUUAUUACUGGCACUGUCUCCUUUCACUAGUUAAGAGAACCAUUAAACAUUGCAGAAGCCCCAACUAAGUUGUUUAAUAAAAACACAAAAUACAAGCUUGCAUUGUUGUUGUUUUUUAAAUUAUAAUACAUGUUUUUUCGAGUACCUUCUUUUAAAUGUCCAUUUAUGCUUGUUGGUUUCAUAUCGGCAUAUACACAUAAAGAGAUCGACAGUGAAUCCCUGAAAUUUGGUAACAUAACAGGGGAAAUAACUGUUUAAGGUGAACAAUCGAAGCUGCUACCAAAUGGAACGAACAAUGCUAUUUGAUUGAGACAGGGUGUUUGAAGGGUUUAACUAUGUAACCAGCUCUAACUCUCCAAACCUCAACCUUCCUCUGUAUUGAUUUAAAACUGCAGCAAAAUGGCAGCCUUGCUAAAUAACAGAUAAUAUAAAGUCUCCAUUGAACCACCUAUAGCGUGAGCCACUAAGGAUCUAUAAAAAUAUCUAUCCAUUGAUUUGUAGCUAGUGUAGCUACCAACCAGCAAAGGGGAACAUCAGAUUGCCUAAGGUCUUGGGUAUCUGUCUGGGUAUUAAUCUUCAGCCUGGGCCUACAAAAGCAUUGCUAGUUGUUCUUGCUCUUAGUUCUUAUUCCUUGCUUCCAAAGGUUCAUGUGUAAAUUUUCAAAUUUUCUGUUUUUUACACCAUGUAAGUGUUUAAUAUGAAUCAUACUCUUCACAUCCCAACUGAAGAUGGCUCACAGAGCUUCAAAAAUAAGUGGCCUGUCAGAACUCACUAAUUUGACAGAUCUUCAUAUUAUUGCAGAAGAGAUCAUUUCUGGUGAAAGCGUAGGAGGCUGAGAGGGAAAAGGGCAGGACCAGGGAGAGGUUGAUUAUCACAUAUUGAUUCUGCAGAGAUGCAUGUAGACUUGCCUUUCUUCGUACUGUACUAUAGAUUCAUGCAAAGUGCAUACAGUUCCCUGUUUUAUGUCCUUUGGCAGAGUACAUUUGCUUCCUUUAUGAAUGUUUUCUUGCUGACCUAUCUAGUAUAUACACAUUUCCUUAAUGAGGACAACUUCUGAUUUAAUUAGAGCACAGGCAGCAGCGUAUUCUACAGGUGUAGAUUAAGCUUGUACUGGAAAAGCAAUGUUUGGUUUUUUAAAUUUGGAAGAAGCUAAUUAGCACACAUUAUUAAUAGAUAUAUUUAAAAACGCAUCUUUAACCAUUCCCUGUCAUAUGCAGAAGCAUUAUUAUUUUGUUUCAAAGGUUUCUGGAAAUUAAUUUAUUAUCAGUUUGCUAUAUUAUUUUUGCACAAAUAGGACCAAAUUUGCCUGUAUUUGAGCUGGAAGGAAAACCAAGUUUCAUCAGUGUGUUGAGUUCGAUACCCCUACUUUAACAAAUUAGCUUAUAAUGAUUCGUUUCUGUUCAUUCGUGGGCUUCUCAAAGUUUUGAUGACUUGAAAUUUAGCGGGCUAAUGUAUGGUUAAGGGCAACACAGAUAAAAUGGACCCAUUAAUUAAAAUAACUAUUUAUUAAACAGUUAGCUGAUAAAAAGCUUCCUGACAGCACAGGAGAACCUGCAGAGAUGUUGAGGGAUUCCUAACCCUGCACAUGCUUUCCAGGAAGUGCAGUUUGAAAUAGUCCAGUAGUAUAACAAUCAAGCCUUGGUUGGCCUGAGUAGAUAUUAAGAAGUGAGUCUAGGUUUAUUUUUUUUAAUGUUAAUUUUAAAUCAUGUUUCAAAUUUAGUUCACUCAUUUUGUUUGUUUGUUUUUUCUUUCCAGUCAUUAGUUAGGCGUCAGGCUCUAGAGACCAGUCUGCAACCUGCUGGUAAUCUCCAGUUGUGGGACAUGAUGUGUAAUACACAACUGGUUGGCGAGCGGUUGCUGGCUGUCACCAGGUGAAAUUGGUCACUUGCUUCACUAAAGCAUUUGCCCACUGCAGGUAUUUUUUCUUCGUAGGUUACUAAUGCAAUUUACAUUUAAACCUGCUGUACAACAAAACAUUUUCCUAUUCUCCUCUCUCCAUAACAUUUAUAUAUAAUGGUAAUUUGUUGGCCAACGAGAUUAUAAAAUUUCUAGCUAGUUUUGUCUGGAGCUUGAAGGAGCUUUAUGAGGAUGUAUGGAGAAACCUAGCGAUAAUGGUUUGCGCUGGUGAAGACUGCUAAUAUCAGUUGCUUAAACAAACAAGCCCGUAGAGCUCAUUAUUUUUAAUUAGCCCCGCCUUCUUCUUCCUUAACUGCAAAGACAUGCUGGCGCUGCCAUAGUGUCGAUUCCAGUUUGCACUCUUUAAAACUUUUAGUGCCACUCUUCUCAAAGUAGAGGCCCUCGUGGCUGAGCUUUUGUUUCCUGCUUAAUGAUCCCGCUCCAUGUACUGACUGAUCUUUUUAAUUGCAUCCCUUUGGACUCAGAACUUUCUCUGCAUUCUCCAGUGUGUGACAUAAUCAGGCACAGCCUUCCAGAUGCAACAAUCAUUAUCCAAGUGAUGCUACUGAGGCUUCCUUUGGACACAGACUUAAAUAUCCAGCCUACAUCAAUCAAUACUCCUGUUAAGAACUGUUUGGAACUACCAAAGAUUGUUGUAUUCUUGAAUGCUUCUGCGUAGCACAGGUAAUACUUAGUGUCAAUUAAUGGACGCAGUCAAAUUCCUGAUUUCUUAUUUUUAUGUAUCUGAAACAUUUAAGAGUGACAAAAAAAAAGGAAAUCAGGAACAUCCACACACGUACUCAUCAUCUAACAGAUGCAUUGGGGGUAACUUUGGGUUCAGUACCGUGACCAACGAUCCCUGAGCACAUGGACUGUAGGAGCCCAGGAUUGAUCCAACAAACUUCAGCUACCACCUGAGCCACAGCCCAGAAGAACGAAUUCAAGACUGCUUAGCUGAGACGUUUGAGAUUCUUUUCUACUUCGUGUAAAGCAAUCAAGCCAGCGGAGGCUUAUUUGGACUAGCACAACAGAGGGUUGUUUAAAAUUCUCUGUUUCACCAUUUUCAUCCAUCCUGCUCUUGCUUUUCUGUGUUGGCAGGUCAUGCUGACCCAGCUUCAUAAUGGGUCAGUGGGAUGAACGAGCAAGUGGCGACUAAUGCGAUAAAAGACAGACAAGUCAUUUGUCCUCACGGCCUGCAUGCACACUUUUACACACCACUCCUUCUAUUCACAUGUGUGAAAUGCUCACACUUGGACACACACACAUAUGACAAACUGUUAUCUUUCUGUCUAACAUUGUUAACCAGACUGGAUGCAGGGUGCUGCCUGCAGGUGUAGUGCCAUCUAUAAUACGAGUGGUGUGUGUUGUUUGCAUGUAUUCAGUAAAAAUGCGGUGUGGUUGUGUGUGUGUGUGUGUACUUAUUGAAACAGUAUUACCCUAAUCUGUGUUUAGUCUCAUCAUUGAUUGGUGUCACAUUGCUCUAGCUGGCAUUUAGCCUAACCACAUUAGGUCUGCUCACUUCGACCCCACGGUCAAUAAAAUUCAUGCGCUAUGCAUCAAGAUGUCGCCACGUUCACUAACUGUAGACUUCAUCCUCCUUUUAGUCAGCUUUCCAGUCUUCCAGCAUCUGCCUUUGUCGUCUUUUGUUCUGCCUCAGACGAUCUCAUCUAAAGUGCCUAUCCAUCUCCCUCGCUAACACCCUGAACAAUUUCCAACAUGCCUUCCUAACGGAUCUUUGGUUAAGAGAAAUGAGAGCAGUGACUGCCACUCUGUACAGUUACAAGCAAGCUUUCCUAUUUCCCAAUUUUUCCUUCUUGGCUUGUUCUCCUUUCAGAAACAGCUUUUGAUAUAAAGAGAUAAACAUGCAUCACUUUGUCAGAUGAGGCUGGGAUAAUGAGGUCACUGGAGAAAGCCUUGAGAAAUGCACAUUUUUCUGCCGAUUGUCACUGUAAGCUGCUGUCAUCUCUCUGUGUUAUAUUCCUUAACUACUGUUCUGCACAUGGUUCGAGCGAGCGUCCAUGCUGGUGAUCCUGCUGAACUGUGUGACACUGGGCAUGUUUCAUCCCUGUGAAGACAUCAACUGUGACUCGGAGAGGUGCAAGAUCUUACAGGAUUUUGAUGACUUCAUCUUUGCAUUCUUUGCCAUCGAGAUGGUGAUCAAGAUGGUGGCUCUAGGGAUUUUUGGCAAGAAGUGUUACCUUGGAGACACGUGGAACCGUUUGGAUUUCUUCAUAGUGUUGGCUGGGAUGCUGGAGUACUCGCUCAACCUGCAGAACGUCAGCUUUUCAGCAGUGAGGACAGUUCGUGUGCUGAGGCCGCUGAGAGCCAUCAACCGAGUGCCAAGUAUGCGUAUCCUUGUGACCCUGCUGCUGGACACCUUGCCUAUGCUGGGUAAUGUACUGCUGCUGUGCUUCUUCGUCUUCUUCAUAUUUGGCAUAGUGGGCGUCCAGCUGUGGUCUGGCCUGCUCAGAAACCGCUGCUUCGUCGAAGACAACUUCUCCUUCCCUCUGUCUUUGGAGCUGGGAAAGUACUACCACACUGAAAACGACGACGAGAACCCCUUCAUCUGCUCUCAACCCCGAGACAACGGCAUGAGGGACUGUAGCUCGAUUCCCAAGCUGUAUGAGGAGGGGGGCCUGGAGUGCACCCUGGAUAUUGACUCUUAUAACAGCACUGACAACACCACCUGCGUCAACUGGAACCAGUAUUAUACCAACUGCUCUGCUGGUCUGAUCAACCCCUUCAAGGGAGCCAUCAACUUUGAUAACAUCUGCUAUGCUUGGAUCGCCAUCUUUCAGGUGAUUACCCUGGAAGGCUGGGUGGACAUCAUGUACUUUGUGAUGGAUGCUCACUCCUUCUACAACUUCAUCUACUUCAUCCUGCUCAUCAUUAUUGGCUCGUUCUUCAUGAUCAACCUGUGCCUGGUGGUCAUUGCCACUCAGUUCUCAGAGACCAAGCAGAGGGAGAGCCAGCUGAUGAAGGAACAACGAGUGCGCUUCAUGUCCAACGCCAGCACUCUGGCAUCCCUAUCCGAGCCAGGCUCCUGCUAUGACGAGCUCCUCAAGUACUUGGUUCACAUCAUCCGCAAGGGGGCCAAGCAAGUGGCCCAUAUCUGCAGGCUCUUGGCCCGUCGUGCUGGGCUCCACAUUGCUGCCUCGCCCCCAGCCACAGAUAUCCAACGCAGCCACAGCCAGAGGAGAAGGAGAAAGACCUCCAGGCAGGGGUCUGUGUCAGUUCACCACAUAAUGCAUCAUCAUCACCAGCACCACCACCACUACCAUCUAGGGAAUGGUAGUGUGAGGGGAGGAGGGAGCACCAGAUGUUUGGACAGUAGGGAGGCAGAAGGUGGGGCUCAUAACAACAACGGGGGAACUCUCAUAGCAAACACUGGAAGUGGGCAUCUUGCCGUGGCGCUACCCUCUUCAGUGACAGCAGCAACUUCUGAUAUGAACCUUGCGAUUUUGUCCAGUCCUGCUGCUGAUUCAUCCUCAGUUUGCAGCAUUUUCAACACCAACUCUGGAAUUGCUCCAGGCUUCUUCUCCUUGGCUCCGGCUCCCAAGUCCAGGGCCAUUAAGAGGAACUCUGUGCCCUUUGCUGCUCCAGGGCCUAAGAACUACCCCACCCUUCAAGCUCGGGCUCUGGCCGAGUCUAGAAGAGGGAGCAUUGCAGCUAGCACCCUGACGAACAUCAACCUUAAUAUUCCACCAAUGCCCCAGGACAGAAGGCCAUCGAGUCUGGUAGACCCGCUCAGUCCAACAGCCCAGCUCUCCUGCCAGCUGUCAGCCCGUGACCUCAGCACCACCAGCAGCGCCAUGGACACGGCCGCUUUGACACUAGACCCUGAGAGCUGCCCCUACUGCGCCAAGGCCCUGGCCAACGAAUCGGAGGGCGGGACCGAGGGCAACGAGACACCUGGAGACUCAGACAGUGAUGGGGUAUACGAGUUCACUCAGGACCUCCACCACAGGGACAGAAGAGACAGCCGGCAGCCCAAAAAGAAGCACCGGAGGCUGGGGAAAACGGCCGCCAAGGUUGUUCACUUCUGGAGGCUGGUGUGCGACACUUUCCGAAAGAUCGUGGACAGCAAGUACUUUGGCCGAGGGAUUAUGAUUGCGAUUCUGAUCAAUACUCUGAGCAUGGGAAUCGAGUACCAUGAGCAGCCUGAGGAGCUGACCAACGCCUUGGAGAUCAGCAACAUCGUAUUCACCAGCCUGUUUUCUUUGGAGAUGCUGCUGAAGGUUUUGGUGUAUGGGCCCUUUGGCUACAUCAAAAACCCCUACAAUAUCUUUGACGGCAUAAUUGUGGUCAUCAGCGUGUGGGAGAUCGUGGGACAGCAGGGUGGGGGUUUGUCAGUGCUAAGGACUUUCCGGCUGAUGCGCGUCCUCAAACUGGUCCGCUUCAUGCCGGCCUUACAGAGACAGCUGGUGGUGCUCAUGAAGACCAUGGACAACGUGGCCACUUUCUGCAUGCUCCUCAUGCUCUUCAUCUUCAUCUUCAGUAUCCUGGGGAUGCAUCUGUUUGGUUGUAGGUUUGGGUCAGAGAGAGACGGAGACACUCUACCAGACAGGAAGAACUUUGACUCUCUUCUCUGGGCCAUAGUGACUGUCUUCCAGAUCCUAACACAGGAGGACUGGAACAAGGUGUUAUAUAACGGCAUGGCCUCCACUUCUCCCGUAGCUGCGCUCUACUUCAUCGCGCUAAUGACCUUUGGCAACUACGUCCUCUUCAACUUGCUUGUUGCCAUCUUGGUUGAAGGGUUUCAGGCAGAGGAAGUGGCCAAGCGGGAGGACUUGCAUGCCCAGCUGAGCCUCAUUCAGCUGCCUGUUGUUUCAGGGGGUGAUGCUUCUAAAUCAUGCUCAGAGAUUGAUUCCUUUGCACGAAGCAUGGAGGACGUCAACGGCAGCAAGAAGGAUUUAUCGGCCUCUGCAGUAGUGCCUGCAAAUGGUCAUGUGGACCUGAAGUCUAACCUGACUCCACCGCUAAUUACCCACACUGCUGCCACCCCCAUGCCCGUACCAAAGUUGCCCGUGGGAGGUGAAUCCAACCCGGGUUAUGAGACUCGUCGAGGCAGCAGCAGUUCUGUAGACCCAGCCUGCUAUGAGAAAUCACCGACCAGUGUCCGGAGCUCUUCCCCUUAUGCCCCAUGGAGCUCCGGUAGUGGCCGGACAAGCCGCAGAUCCAGUUGGAACAGCCUAGGUCGUGCUCCAUCAUACAAACGCCAGAAGAGGCAGUCCGGGGAGCGACGGUCGCUUCUGUCGGGGGAGGGUGGCUCAAGUUCAGAAGACGGGGAGGGCGGAGGAGAAGGAGGUGGUGGACUGAUGGAGGAAGAUGACGCAUCACUGGCCAGGACGGACUCCAUGUCCCAAUCGCAGAGAGGGCCCAGGCACAGGAGGAUGGAGUCAGUGGAGACUCGGAGCUCAAUGGAUUUGCCACCUGAUGCUUUACUCCAGGUGCCCUACCGGUACCGCUCAGCAAGCAUGCACAGCUCCAGACCCCCCUCCCUGAGCCAUUUGCGGCCCCCAGAACACAAUGACUGCAACGGAAAGGGAUCUCCAUCAGUCCUGGGUCCCACACACGUCUCGCUGGAAGAGAACACCGAAGACGAGAAUGCAGAGGAGGAGGUGAACCUGGGUCGUUUUGCCAGGUUGUUCCGCUGGCUGGAGAAAAAACAGCCGGCGUGGUGUAAGCAGAGAGAUACCUGGUCGCUCUACCUCUUCCCUUCAGAGUCAAGGUUCCGGAUCCUGUGCAAUAAGAUCAUCACCCACAAGAUGUUUGACCACAUCGUGCUGGUCAUUAUCUUCCUCAACUGCAUCACCAUCGCCAUGGAGAGGCCUCGAAUCGACUCCAAAAGCGCUGAGCGGGUUUUCCUGACAGUGUCCAACUACAUCUUCACAGCAAUCUUUGUGACUGAGAUGACUGUAAAGAUCGUGUCUAUGGGCUUUUUUUUCGGGGACAAGGCGUACCUGAGGAGCAGCUGGAACGUUCUGGACGGGAUGCUCGUCAUGAUUUCUGUUAUUGACAUCCUGGUGUCUCUCAUUUCCCAAUCCGAAACCAAGAUCCUGGGCAUGCUCAGAGUGCUGAGGCUGCUGAGAACUCUGAGACCGCUACGCGUGAUCAGCAGAGCCCCGGGCCUGAAGCUGGUGGUAGAGACCCUGAUGUCAUCCCUGAAGCCCAUCGGCAACAUCGUGGUCAUCUGCUGUGCCUUCUUCAUUAUCUUUGGCAUCCUGGGAGUACAGCUUUUCAAGGGAAAAUUCUUCAUUUGUCAAGGAGAGGAUGUAAGGAACAUCACCAAUAAGUCAGACUGCUUGCAAGCCAGCUAUAAGUGGGUCAGACACAAGUACAACUUUGACAACCUAGGACAAGCCUUGAUGUCUCUCUUUGUGCUGGCGUCAAAAGAUGGAUGGGUCGACAUUAUGUACGAUGGGCUUGAUGCUGUGGGAGUUGACCAACAGCCCAUAAUGAACUACAACCCAUGGAUGUUGCUCUACUUCAUCUCCUUCCUCCUGAUCGUCGCCUUCUUCGUGCUCAACAUGUUUGUAGGCGUGGUGGUGGAGAACUUCCAUAAAUGCCGGCGCCACCAGGAAGCCGAGGAGGCCAAACGCAGGGAGGAGAAGAGACUGAAACGCAUGGAGAAAAAGAGACGGAAUUUAUUGGUUCCGGGGGUGAGUUGGGCCCUCUCUGACGGCACACUGAAAGAAGCUCAGAGUAAGCCCUACUACUCGGAUUACUCCCCCACCCGCCUUCUCAUCCACAAGAUGUGCACCAGCCACUACUUGGACCUGUUCAUCACCAUCGUAAUAGGCCUCAACGUCAUCACCAUGUCAAUGGAGCACUAUCAGCAGCCUAAGGAGCUGGAUGAAGCACUGAAGAUCUGUAACUACAUCUUCACUCUCAUUUUUGUGCUGGAGUCAGUCUUCAAGCUGGUUGCCUUCGGCUUCCGACGCUUCUUCAAGGACAAGUGGAACCAGCUGGAUCUGGCCAUCGUGCUGCUGUCCAUCAUGGGCAUCACUUUGGAGGAGAUUGAGGUCAACGCUUCCCUGCCCAUCAACCCCACCAUCAUUCGCAUCAUGAGAGUGCUGAGGAUUGCUCGAGUAUUGAAGCUCUUGAAGAUGGCGGUGGGGAUGAGAGCUUUGCUGGACACCGUUAUGCAAGCCCUGCCUCAGGUGGGCAAUCUGGGUCUUCUCUUCAUGCUCCUCUUCUUUAUCUUUGCAGCGCUGGGAGUGGAGCUGUUUGGUGACUUAAUUUGUGAUGAACUCCACCCCUGUGAGGGUCUGGGGCGCUACGCUACAUUUAAAAACUUUGGGAUGGCCUUUCUGCUGCUCUUCAGAGUUUCCACUGGAGACAACUGGAAUGGCAUAAUGAAGGAUACGUUGAGGGACUGCGCCCAAGAUACAGGCACCUGCUACAACACUGUGGUUUCUCCCAUCUACUUCGUCUCCUUUGUCCUGACCGCUCAGUUUGUCCUGGUCAAUGUGGUCAUCGCAGUACUGAUGAAGCACCUGGAGGAGAGCAACAAGGAAGCCAAGGAGGAGGCAGAGCUGGAGGCGGAGAUGAUGGAACUGGAGAUGGAAGCGGGGGACAUAGCAGCAAGGUCGCCCCAGCUCAACCCUCUGACACUGGGUAUGGACAGGUCAAGCUCUGGGGGUUCCCCCUGGAGGUCUCCCAGAGGAGUGGAUACAGAGCAGGAAAGGGAUGGUCCUAUGGAUUCACCCACUGCCGAUAUAACCAGAGACUCUGUAGGCAUCAGAGCAGAAUCCCCUUCAUGCACAGAGCCCCAACUGGAGUUUGUCCAGCGGAGGGCACUCUUUGACUCGGUCUCCCUGGUCAUCCAGGGUUCAAUGGAGGGGGAGAUGAGUCUCAUGGACAACCUGUCCGGCUCUAUCUGCCACUACUACGCGCUGCCCCCCAAGCCCAGCAAGCACAGCACCGACAAGAAGAUCCCUCUAGCGGAGAUGGAUGCUCUGUCUCUGGCCUCUGAGAAUUCCUGGUCCCUAGCUCUGACAGACGACUCAACCCCUGACGAUUUUAAUCCCCUAUUUCUAACCACUCUGGAAUGCAAUGCGGAGCAGCUUGGUUCUGGGGCGCUUCGGGACGACAACCUGUUGAGCGUCAGAAAGCCUGCGGUGGGACGCACGCACUCCCUACCCAACGACAGCUACAUGUUCCUCUCGCCACAGCCCAUGGGGCAAACAUCUCCCACUGCAGCACACCCACAGGGGCCCCAGCACAUACUGGGCACUCACAGGGCCCAAUCGGGCUCCAGUGGCUCGGUGCGUUCACAACCCGCGGAGUUUUCCCAGCAGCUGACUGUUCCCACAGACCUCUUCAGACCCAUCAGCCCACACAGCCACUCAGAUUCAGAGAGUAUACCACGAAACCCACCGUCUAGACGCACACACACAUUUAGCCGUACGCUACGCAGACAGGUUGCAGUGUCUACUGAUUCUCAGGAGGCCCUUUGUACCGACGUAGGGGAAAGCAGUGAAGGACUCGUGAAUGUGGCCUCUCUUGGCCUCCCUCCAUCCCCUAUCCCCUCCAUCUCCUCUACCUCUCCCUCUCCCUACCAUCAUCAUCAUCACCCUACUCCUCAACAACCAGCUCUGUGCCUGGUCCCUGCCACACCGGGCGCCUCCCCUAAACCAUCACGUCCCAGCACAGUGCACACCCAGCACCACGACCAGCAUUGCCUCGCCUCCUACUCCCCCUGCCCUUCGCCUCCCCCUCCCAUACCCGCCAGGCCACCCCAGCAGGAGGUGUCAGAGGAUCGGGAAGUGUCCCUCAUUAACCAGGUGGUGUUGGCCGGCAGCGAUGACAUCACGGCCGAGGACAGCAGCAGCAGCGGCGGGAACGAGGGUUACGGCAGCUACGCGGGCUGCCAGGAAAGUCGGAGUCCAUGUUUGAGGCAGCUGAAGAGGUUCCACAGCGCUGACACGCAGGGCCGCAACGCCCUCCUGCCCCGCCCCCGCCCUUACUCCUGGCUGGACGACCCACGGCGCCACUCUGUGGAAGUCUGCUCCCCGGUUGAUUCCAGCCCCCAGUGCAGCACCAACUCCACCUCCUCCGGCUUUGUGUCUCGGGCCGACAGCCUGCAGAUUCAAAGCCAGAUCCCCGCUCAAACCUCCCCCCGCCGCAAGAAGAAAAUGAGCCCACCCUGUAUAUCUGUGGACCCCCCUGAGGGACUGGAACCCCAGUCUGGCCUCUACCCAUGCCUGGGUGGGCUCGGUGGCAUGGGACUGACUGGGUUAGGGAUGCCCCCUCCCCUACCCAACCGGGACACCUACCUGAGGAGGAGAGCACCCUCCAGUGACUCCAAGGACUCCUUUGACCUGGCAGUCGGAGAGGGUUCAGGACAGGACGGAGGUUCACCGAACCCCAACACCAACUCCAAGUUAUUAACUCUUCCCAGCUUCUCCUUUGAGAAAACAAGCUCUGAGCACUGAACACCAAUACUCGAAUACACACACACGCGCACACACACACACACACAGCCGGACGAACCCUCCACACACAUAAACACACGAUGCACUCUGUGUGUCUGUGAUGGUGAUAGUUCUAGUAAUAAUGCUGUAGAAAGUAAUAAUGGUAAAACUACAACAAACAGUAAAAACAUCCUUGGUUUCAUAAGGAGUGCAGUACUGUAGUAGUGUGACCAUCCCUUGUCUUUGUAUUGUUACUGCCAAAACAGCCAGAGAAGAAGAGAACGACAAAUAUUUCUCUGGCUGCAGCUUGACCCCAUAACCUCUGGAGUGACAUCAGCGCCUGGGUUAUUAGCGCCCACUGCGGUCGCCAUAUGAACUGCCUGGUGUUAAUACAGAGCGGACCUGGUCAGUGGAGGUACAAAGCAAUAUUUAGAGACACUAUUUUCUUAAAUUAUUGGCCCAUAGUGUUUGUACAGGAUGUUGUUUUUAAUUUCAUUUAACUGUUAUUUUCAUGUCUUUUUGUGAUUUUCUUUCUUUUUUUUAUUUUUUUGUUUUUUGUUUGGUCAACAAUGGUUUGUCUUUGUCUUUCUUUUUCACUGUAGGAUAUUUCUAGCUUUCUUGGUUUACUAAGGAAAGUGAACGUUUUUCAAAGUGGUGAAAACCAGUAUUUGUAGGAAUAAUAUAUAAAUAUAUAUAUAAAAAAAACAAAAAACAAGUCAUUAAACUGAGCUUGGAUUUUUAA